AUGGCAGCGGCGGCAAAGGUGGGCAGCGGCACGGCGCCCUGGACCGUGAGCGGCCUAGAGGCGGCGGUGCAGGCGCAGCACGGCGCCGGCAGCGAGGAGGGCGGGCAGGCCGACGCCGACUCGCUGGCGGCGGUGCAGAAGCGGUUUGAAAAGGCGGUGGCGCUGCCGCCGCCCGAGUUCCGCAGCCACGCUUCCGGCAUGACCCUCAGCCCAGGGGCGGCGGCAGCGGCGGCGGCCUGCAGCGGCGCCGCCUGCGACCUGGUCCGCCGCUUUGUGCUGGCAGCGCAGGAGGCGGCAGCCCUGAGCGACACCGGCGGCUGCGCGGUGCAGCACUGCCCCGACGCGCUGGGCAUCGGGCUGCGCCCGCUGCCCUACACCGCCUUCGCCUUUGGAAACUGCUGCGAGCCGUUCUACAACCGCGGCGCCCUGGAGGUGGUGCGGCAGCUGGUGGAUGGAGCAGGCAUGCGCGGGCUGGAGUGGUUCACCGGCUCAUCCACCUCCUGGUUCCUGGCCCGCCUGGCGCACCUCACAAGCGUGGAGACGGCCAAAGGCUUUGCGGACAAGGCUCGCAGCGUGGCGCAGGCGCAGUUUGAGCCCGCGUGGCUGGACAGCGGGUGGGACCUGCAGCUCAUCCCGCCGCAGGGCCCUGUCACCACGUUUGCAGACACAGAGUCGGGGGAGGUGUUUGAGGAGUAUUGCGCCCUGCGCUUCCUGCCCCACGGCGCGCGGUUUGACAUCAUCAGCGUGCAGGGCUUUGCCCGCAUGGCGUGCCUGGCCCGCGCUGUGCAGCUGCUGGCGCCGCAGGGCGGCCUGCUGGUACUGCCGCAGGCGCAGCGGCCCGCCUACCGCGGUGCAGCCGCCAUCGUGCCGCCGCACUGGCUGCGGCUCAGCGAUGCGCAUGAGAUGGGCGAGACGGUGGUGUGGAUGUCCAUGCAGAAAUGA